AUGGACCCAGCCGUGCAAAGAUUGCUGACAGACAAGCUUUACGACAAGAGAAAACAGGGGGCUCUCGAGUUAGAACGCCUGGUCCGUGAAGCAGUCGCGGGGAAAGAGUACGAGCGGAUCCGAAAGAUUGUGGAACAGCUUUGUCACGAGUAUGCCUAUGCGGUGCAUCAGCCACACGCCAGGAAUGGCGGAUUGAUUGGUCUUGCUGCCGCCUCCAUUGCCUUGGGCUCUGAAGAGGUUGCCCGCUAUCUGCAUGAGAUCGUACCACCAGUACUCGCAUGCUUUACUGAUCAGGAUGCCCGGGUACGAUAUUAUGCUUGUGAAAGCAUGUACAAUAUCGCCAAGGUGGCAAAGGGGGAGAUUCUGGUCUUCUUCAAUGACAUCUUCGACGCGCUGUGCAAGCUCGCAGCAGACUCAGAGCUUUCUGUGAAAAAUGGUGCGGAACUUCUGGACCGCCUGGUUAAGGAUAUAGUUGCCGAAUCCGCUGCCUCAUACGUCUCCGUCCUAGAGUACAAUGAGAAACGUGCUGGAGGAGAUGGUCUCGAUCCCGAGACAUCAAGCGCUGAUCUGCCCAUGGCAUUCUCUUUAGCCAAGUUUAUCCCACUUCUGCAGGAGCGCAUCCAUGUCAUCAAUCCGUUCACUCGCACAUUUCUAGUCUCGUGGCUGACGCUUUUGGACACCAUCCCCGAUCUCGAAUUGGUCUAUUACCUUCCAGACUUUCUCGGUGGGCUCUUCCGCUUUCUCAGCGAUCCCAAUCGCGACGUCUAUGUUGCAACCCAGGGUCUGCUGGAAAGAUUCCUCACCGAGAUCAAGAAGAUUGCGAAAAUCAAACGUGGGAUUGAAGAGAGCCGAAGGAGUCGAAACAGUGACCGUGCAAAGGGAUCCCCAGAGAGUCCUGCAGGCAGCGGACCGACUGGUGAUAGUGCUUCGGCCGAUAAUGCUAUUGAAGAUUCGGAUUCAGAGACUGCUCGGGAACUCCGCAGCGAUCAAGAAGGAGAUUGGAUUCCUGGUCAGGAUGUGCAAAUUGAUUACAGUAGGAUAUUGGAAACUCUUCUUCAAUUUGUGGAUACCACCACGCGGUCGAAUACUGAUCCCCCAAGAUCGGACGGUGUCAGUCGAGAAAAGGAACAAGAGAUCGGCAUUGUUGCUCUUCGAUGGAUUGACAGCUUUUUCGAAAUCAGCCCAGAGGAUAUUCUACAAUUCGUCCCUCCACUUCUCUCGCAAGUAUUACCAGCCCUGUCCGCACAUUCAGAUCAAGUCCGGACAACAGCAAGUCGAGUCAACAGAUCAUUGAUGGAUUAUAUAGUGACCUUGCAAGACAGCACCACUUCGGACGACAAGCUAAUGCCACCACCUUCCACCGUCCCUAUCAACUUUACCAAGACUACCGACUUACCCGAUCGAAGAGCAUCAGCGCCAACCAUCAAACCGCUCACUGCCUCCACAGAAUCGCUUGAAAGAACAAAGAGCCAAGCGGGAGAAUCGACGCUGAAGAGCAGCAAUCCUCCAAGUCCUCCAGCCAAAGCCGAUCUCGAUUAUGCUGCUGCUGUCAAUGCAUUGACGCUGCAGUUUCUCAAUGAACACGAGGCGACACGGGUCGCGGCUUUGGGUUGGCUCAUCAUGCUGCAUAGAAAGGCACCCCGAAAAGUAUUAGCAUUCAAUGAUGGGACCUUUCCAGCACUGCUUAAAACCCUUUCCGAUCCCGCAGAGGCGGUUGUCACUCGAGACCUUCAGCUGCUAUCGCAGAUAUCCCGAAACAGUGAAGAUGGAUAUUUCACGUCCUUCAUGGUCAACCUUCUCCAGCUCUUCUCCACCGAUCGAAAAUUACUCGAGAUCCGGGGCAACCUGAUCAUCCGACAGCUCUGCAUGAAUCUUGUACCAGAGCGCAUAUACCGAACCCUCGCCGAGUGCUUGGAAAAGGAUGAAGACAUCGAAUUUACCAGCAUCAUGGUGCAGAACCUCAACAACAAUCUCAUCACCGCACCGGAGUUGGCUGAUCUGCGGAAAAGACUCCGCAAUCUUGAGACCAAGGACGGGCAGAUGUUCUUCGUCGCACUAUUCAAAUCGUGGUGCCAGAACGCUGUAGCCACCUUCUCCCUCUGUCUGCUCGCCCAAGCCUAUGAGCAGGCGUAUCACCUGCUCCAGAUCUUUGCUGAGCUGGAAAUGACCGUCAAUAUGCUGAUUCAAAUUGACAAACUUGUCCAGCUGUUGGAGUCACCUGUCUUUACCUACCUCCGCCUGCAACUUCUCGAACCAGACCGCUACCCCUACCUCUAUAAGUGCCUGUAUGGACUUCUCAUGCUUCUGCCCCAAUCUUCCGCCUUCGCAGCCCUCAAGAAUCGUCUGAAUUCUGUUUCCGCCAUCGGCCUCCUCCAUACACCAGCGGCAUCCUCGUUCGGUGCAGGUGGAGCGCGAUCAUCCAUAAUGCCGUCCAACCUCAAUCACCCACCCGGCCUAACAUCCACCUCCAGCACCCCUAACAUCCCCGGCUCCCUAACCUCCUCCAGCACCUCCGCCCCCAACAACCCCACAGCCCCAACCCUCGCAUCCGCCGGCGGAAGCGAAAACGUCAUCAAGUGGGGUGAAUUGCUGGAGCGGUUCCGACAGAUCCAGGAGAAAGCCCGACGGAGGAACAGGGCUUUACUUCGCGGCGAUGGAGAUGAAGAGGAUGAGGAUGAAGGCAUGUUGGAUGAGGGGACCAACCAGAGUAGCAGGACGGAUUUAGGAGCGGGUGUAGGAGAGAGGGGGAGGGGUAAUGGGAACGCGAUUGGGAAUGCGACCAGGGGGGGUGGAGAGAAGGCAUUACCGGAUAUCCCUGUGAUGACGGGGUUGAGAUCUGCGCCGCUGGCUGGCGGUGCGGGGAGAUCGGGCAUGGCGCCGCAUCAUCCGGGCGGUGGGCUUGGCUCGGGUGCUGGAGCAGGUGCUGGUGCCGGGGUGGGUAGAGAGGCGGGUCGAUUCGCUGGUGGUGCUGGACCCGGCUAUGGCUCGCGACUGUUGACGCCGGGACCGUCUCGGGCCCGGGUGCCGGAAUGCCGCCAGCAGGCGCAGGAGGGCCCGGUCACAGGAAGAGUAAGAGCAGCAUCUCCGGAUUCGGGAGGUUGA